GAUACUCAUCCUUACUGUGAGUUGAGCCAGCUGUCAAUUCGUACUGCUGUUUUGACACUUAUGUUUUCUGUCAGGACUAAGUUGUUAAGGAGUUUUUCAAUAUAGGAUUAGUUUGUCAAAAUGCCCAAAGGCGGUAGGAAAGGUGGCCACAAGGGUCGCGUGCGGACGUACACCAGCCCCGAGGAGAUAGACGCCCAGAUGAAGGCAGAGAAGGAGAGGAAAAAGCAAGAGCAGGAAGCGGAAGAGGCGGGAGGUGCAGCUCAGACUGACAUUGCAGAGGACAAGCUACCAGAAUCAGGAUCAGAAGACAGCGAUGACGAAAACUCAGAUAGGAGGAGAGCGGGAGUGGAGGGCUUGAUAGAAAUCGAAAACCCGAACAGAGUGGCUCAGAAGUCCAAGAAGGUGACGCAGAUUGAGCUGGACGAGCCCAAGCAGUUGUCGAGGAGAGAGAGAGAGGAGAUAGAGAAGCAGAAAGCAAAGGAGCGCUACAUGAAGAUGCACUUGGCAGGAAAGACAGACCAGGCCAAAGCCGACCUCGCUCGCCUCGCCAUUAUCAAGAAACAGAGAGAAGAUGCGGCAAAAAAGAAAGAAGCAGAGAAAAAAGCAAAAGACGCAGCGACAACAGCGGCGAGAGGAAUGAAUUCUCUCUCAAUGAAAUGACACAGACUAUUUAUCAGAGGCAAUUUUACAUGUGCACGGACUGGCGUAAAAUAUAUUUGACUAUUUUUAAAGGAUGAGCUAUGAUGUUGACGUUACUGUUACAUUUGACCAUUUGGAAAAUGGUUGCGGAUACACCAGUGGAGAGGGGUUGUGUAUAUUUUGGCCGCAUUGAUCCCUCCAGGAAGUUAAGCUACAAUUGAGAAUACCUCCAUCUUCACUUACACUCGGAAUGAACCUCUACUAACCUAUGACCUUGUACAUGACAUUAUUAACAGUAUACUUGUCAUUAUACAAGUCCAACUUCGCUAACUGAGCUUUGCCACUAUUUUGUGGGGAUCUUACAUUGUAUAUAACUGAUUCAUGGAAAUAUUUCAGAUUAAUAUGAUGUAAAAUGACAGUAAAAUGUGUACAUUUA